AUGAAGGAGCUGGGAAAAAGAAUGAUGAAGUACAACAGCGAUGUCAAAAUUAAAAGAUACAGAGACAGGAAGUGGCAAGAAAUAGCAGUUGCUCGUGUUGCUCAUGGUUCCAGCCAUGAGAGGAAAGAAAGCUACAGUUCCCGCCACAGAAGUUUAUCUCCAGAAGACAGGGAUAGGGAUGCAGAGCGUGACAGGUCUCCAUCUCCCAGAGAGAGAAGAUACUCUGAUGACAGCAGGUAUGAGGAAUAUUCAAGAAGGGACUACUAUGAUGAUAGAAUUUCAGAUGGAAGAAGGAUGGAAAGAGAGCGAGACAGACACUAUGAGAAAUGGGGGGAGAGAGACUCUGAUCGAAGAGGGGAGAGAGACUCUGAUCGAAGAGGGGAAAGAGACUCUGAUCGAAGAGGGGAGAGAGACUCUGAUCGAAGGAAGCAGAGAAAACACUCGUCCCCGGAUCAUAGAAGUCCAGAGAGGUCAAUGCCCCAGAGUUCCCUUCCUCAUGAUGAGCCCCCUUCGAAGAAGAAGAGGGAAGAAGUGGAUCCAAUCCUUACCCGCACAGGUGGAGCAUAUAUUCCUCCUGCCAAGCUCAGGAUGAUGCAAGAGCAAAUCACUGAUAAAAAUAGCUUGGCCUAUCAGAGGAUGAGUUGGGAAGCCUUGAAGAAGUCAAUCAACGGUCUUGUCAAUAAAGUGAACGUAUCUAAUAUAGAAAAUAUCAUUCAUGAACUCCUUCAGGAAAAUAUUGUGCGGGGAAGGGGAUUGCUAUCUAGGUCCAUUUUGCAAGCUCAGAGUGCCUCUCCAAUUUUUACUCAUGUUUAUGCAGCUCUUGUGGCAAUUAUCAAUUCAAAGUUUCCAAAUAUUGGUGAAUUAAUCCUCAAGAGGUUGAUACUAAAUUUUCGCAAAGGAUAUCGCAGAAAUGAUAAGCAACUCUGUCUAACAUCUUCAAAGUUUGUUGCGCAUCUGAUGAAUCAGAACGUGGCUCAUGAGGUUUUAUGUUUGGAAAUGCUCACCUUGCUUCUUGAAAGACCUACUGAUGACAGUAUUGAAGUAGCAAUUGGAUUUCUUAAAGAGAGCGGCCUCAAAUUAACAGAAGUAUCUCCUAGGGGCAUUAAUGCGAUUUUUGACCGUCUUCGUCACAUUCUGCAUGAAUCUAAAAUCGACAUGCGAGUUCAGUACAUGAUAGAGGUUAUGUUUGCGGUACGGAAGGAUGGCUUCAAAGAUCAUCCAAUCAUUCCAGAGGGAUUGGAUCUAGUGGAAGAGGAGGAUCAGUUUACACAUAUGUUGCCACUAGAAGAUGAAUAUAACCCAGAGGAUGUCCUUAAUGUUUUCAAGUUGGAUCCCAACUUCAUGGAAAAUGAAGAGAAAUACAAAACACUUAAGAAAGAAAUUCUUGAUGAAGGUGACAGUGAAUCUGAAGCAGGUCAAGAAGCUGGAAGUAGUGAGGAAGAGGAAGAUGAAGAGGAGGAUGAAGAUGGACAGAAAGUUACUAUCCAUGAUAAAACAGAAAUUAACUUGGUCUCCUUUCGUCGUACAAUUUAUCUUGCUAUUCAGUCAAGUUUAGACUUUGAAGAAUGUGCUCACAAAUUGCUGAAGAUGGACUUCCCUGAAAGUCAAACUAAAGAACUCUGCAAUAUGAUACUCGACUGUUGUGCUCAGCAAAGAACAUAUGAGAAGUUCUUUGGGUUACUGGCAGGGCGUUUCUGCAUGUUAAAAAGGGAAUACAUGGAAUCCUUUGAAGCUAUUUUCAAAGAACAGUAUGAUACCAUUCAUCGUUUGGAAACAAACAAAUUGAGAAACGUUGCCAAGAUGUUUGCUCAUCUACUGUACACAGAUUCAAUUCCCUGGAGCGUUCUUGAAUGUAUAAUACUGAGUGAAGAAACUACCACAUCCUCCAGUAGAAUUUUUGUCAAAAUAUUUUUUCAGGAACUUAGUGAAUACAUGGGCCUUCCUAAUCUAAAUGCAAGAUUAAAAGAUGAGACCUUGCAAGUUUUCUUUGAGGGAUUAUUGCCUCGGGAUAACCCAAGGAACACUCGCUUUGCCAUCAAUUUCUUCACUUCUAUUGGCCUUGGAGGACUUACGGAUGAAUUACGGGAGCAUCUGAAAAAUGCACCAAAGAUGAUAAUGACCCAAAAACAAGAUGUUGAGUCAUCAGAUUCCUCUUCAUCUUCCGACACGGACUCUUCUUCAGAUUCUGAUUCUGACAGUAGCAGCAGUAGUAGUAGCUCAGAGUCAUCCAGUAGCAGUGACUCCUCAUCUAGCAGUGGCAACAGCAGUGACUCAGAUGCUGCUAGAGCCAGGAGGAGGAAGAUGCAAAAGAAACAUAGAGAAUUGGAUAAAGUUUCCAGGAAAAAGCAAGGAAGUAAAAAGAAAUCACUUGAAAAGAAGAAGGAUAGGAGAGAAGAUAGAAGUGAUACUGAGAGAAAGUCGGAAAGAGACCACCGAAGUUUGAGAGAAGUGCAGAGAAGGGAUGACGGGUCUAAAUAUCAUCACAGGGAUGAGUCCAAUGGCAGAGACAGUUACCACAGUGGAAAGGAAAGGAGCCAUGAAAGAAACAAGGAUCUAGAAAAUAAACACAGUAAUUCAAAAAUGAAGAAAGCAGAGAGAAGAGUUUCAUUGUCAGAUGAUGAAAAUUACAGACACCGGAGUAAAGAUAAUGGGCAUCGCAGCAGAAGAAGAGAAAGGUCAAAAUCUGGAGAAAGGCACCAUAAUAAUUCAAGUCCCAGAGAGGAGGAACAGGAAGACAGGUACAGAAAUGGUUCAGAAAAAGUCCGAGAGAAACACAGCCGUCAUUCUGAGCAGUACAGGGAAUCGAGAAAAAACGAGGACAGACGAAGGGAGAAUUCCCCACACAGGGGAAAAUAAUGCUUAACCUGAAUUUGAAAUGAAUGUGCAUUCUGAGCUGUUAAAACUGUAUAUUUGAAAAUCUUAUUAUUGAACUUUCCUUUAAAAAAAGCUUUUGUA